AUGACCGACAAAAAUGGCGUUGGUGUGACGGUGUUUGGUCAUGAUGGUGAAGAAAGAACGCACGUCAGUGGCUACGAAGCUAGAGGCGCCUACAGUAGAAAUGUAGCAUUUCACAACGCGACCAUGAAACAAAUCGAGAACGUUGUUAAUGCGUCCGCUUAUUGCGAACAAUUCAUAAAAUACGAGUGUAUAGGUACCGCCUUUUAUUUUCAAUCCCCCUCAGGUGCAUAUUCCUGGUGGGUAUCACGUCAAGGAUACAAAAUGUUGUAUUGGGGUGGUUCGAAUCCAAAUGCAAAAAGCUGUGCCUGCGGCAUGAAUCGUUCGUGUUAUGAUCCCAACAAACUCUGCAAUUGUGAAAGUGUGGAAGACAAAUGGGUUGAAGACAGCGGGUACUUGGUCGACAAAGAAUACCUGCCAGUAAGCGAGUUAAGGUUUGGUGAUACAGGAAACAGUAAUGAGGAGGGAUAUCAUACACUGGGCAAGCUGUUGUGUUGGUAUUGA